AUGCCUCUCCCACAAACUCGACCGCCCUCCCAAUCGCCCGACUCUUUACGUGCAGAAAGCACUGGUCGCGAACCCCCUCCCGCAUCUCCCUCAACUUUACCUGUCACCUGGAGGAAGAAAACAAAGGUUGCUCAUAUUGCACAAACAGAACCCAUUGCAGGCCCAUCCGCCACUGGCAAUGCCGCCAGAUUAUAUAACCUACAUCGCACAAGUGGCCAGUCGAUCCGUUCAGUCGCUAUCCCCCAGCUCCAAACCUCGGCACCCGUGAAUCCAUUUGAUGACCCGAACUAUCGAGACCGGACGCGCUCUCCAAGCCCGUCUGAUCGUGGCUCCUUCUCGAGAGUCCAAGUUGUCGUUAAUAUCAAGCCCAAGCGCAAGCUGAACACUGAUCCGCUGCCGUUCCCUUCCCUGGAGGUUGAAGAUGACCUUGGACUAGAGCCCCGUAUUCCGAGGUCCAGAAGCUCUGAGUCAGAACAAAAGGAUCCUCUGAUGCUGCCUUACACCGACUUUGACGGAAACAUAUCAGGAAGUUCGUUUCCUCCGGAACCCGAAGCUCGAGUCACGCAUAUUCCCGAUGAUAAAAUGUCUGAUUUUUGGUUCGACGGCGUAUUGGAAACACUGGACGAGGAGGAGGAGGACGGUGGCGGCGACAAUCCUGGUUUCCAGCCGAACACGAGCCCUGAAGCAACAACUCUCAACCCAAAUCAAGUAUAUACGACUCCUGCGCACAGAGCAGUGGUCAACGGUAUGAAUCUUGUCAAGCAACUCGUUAUCGAAUUGGACCCAAACGGUGGUGCAUGCCUACUGACGCUUAUGCUCGACCCCAAAAGAUCUCGGCAAGCUUGUCAUAUCAUUGCACGUCGUACCAAGUCCGGAUUGCUGACAAUUAUUGAAUGGAAAUGGGGCAUGCGUUAUAUGACCCUCUAUAUUGAUAGUCGAUUCAACAUUAUCUUACUCAAGUCUGAUUGGCACAUCUUGCUCGACAGCAAUAAUUGGGUUUUAAUCCCGCAUCGGAAAUGGAUCAGCCGAGUCCGCGAAUGGAUGGACGACUUCGAGGACAUAUACAAUGCCACUGAUGUAGAUAAAUCGCGGCGUCGCCCCAUCACUGAGAUUUACUCGCAAAAAGACCAAGUCUUCGAGUACUUCAUGCUUCCACUGACAGAAGACAUGCAAAGAGCCGUCAUUACUCGCUAUGCUGAGCCAAACGUUCCUGAUGUCGUCACAGUCUACAAAUACCCGUUCACCGACCUUCCUGUUCUAAGAUCCUGUUGUCGACCUCAUUUUGUCAUGUUUUCUGCAGGAGAGAAAUUGGCACCAUUCAAAGCUGACCACACGAUGAUCGCACACCUUGCGGCCUACUUGGGAGCCCGCAAUGAUGAGCAACAUCGGGACGGAUCCGAGUCAGAACAAUUGGCGAACGAGCAGCUGUUGCAAGAUCUGAUCGGUACAUAUGAGACAUGGUCAAAAAACCCCUCUUCAGCAGCUGAGAAGGCCGCCAUGGAUGCAUGGAAAAAAGUGAAAAAGAAUGAUAAUAGUUCAUGA